CUUUAAUGCUUUUAUUUUAGUCUCACCUUCUCCUUCUACUUUUUAUCAUUUCCCUUUCUCUUCCCAUUCUCGUCUUCCUAAUAACUUCUUCUCAAUCCUCUCUCAUAUCUUUUUUUUUUUCUUAGUUUAAAUCUCAAUAUUAUAAAAAUAAAAAAACAUAUACAAAAUCUACAGAGAAGAAGAGAAGCUUUAUUUUAAUCUUGUUGUGGAUUUGUGUGUGUGUGUGUGUUUUAUAUAAUUUUUUCUUAUUUUUUUCAAAUUAAAAUCUCUUUUCUUUGCUUUUGAUGUGGGCAUGGCUGGUCUUGAUCUAGGCACAGCUUUUCGUUACGUUAAUCACCAGCUCCAUCGUCCCGAUCUCCACCUUCACCACAAUUCCUCCUCCGAUGACGUCACUCCCGGAGCCGGACUCGGUCAUUUCACUGUCGACGACGAAGACAACAACAACCAUCAAGGUCUUGACUUAGCCUCCGGUGGAGGAUCAGGAAGCUCUGGAGGAGGUGGUCACGGGGGAGGAGGAGACGUCGUUGGCCGUCGUCCACGUGGCAGACCACCGGGAUCGAAAAACAAACCGAAGCCUCCGGUGAUAAUCACGCGUGAGAGCGCAAACACUCUUAGAGCUCACAUUCUUGAAGUAACAAACGGCUGCGACGUUUUUGACUGCGUUGCCACUUACGCUCGUCGGAGGCAGCGAGGGAUCUGCGUUCUGAGCNUUUAUGAAUAUGUCUGUUUACAUGUGUUUAUCAAUAAACAGAGGNCUGCGGCUGGAGCGGUUGUGACGCUACAAGGAACGUUCGAGAUUCUUUCUCUCUCCGGCUCGUUUCUUCCUCCUCCAGCUCCUCCCGGAGCAACGAGUUUGACAAUAUUCUUGGCUGGAGGACAAGGUCAGGUGGUUGGAGGAAGCGUUGUGGGUGAGCUUACGGCUGCUGGACCGGUGAUUGUAAUCGCAGCUUCGUUUACUAAUGUUGCUUAUGAGAGACUUCCUUUAGAAGAAGAGGAGCAGCAGCAGCAACAACAGCUUGGAGGAGGAUCUAACGGCGGAGGUAAUUUGUUUCCGGAAGUUGCUGCCNUCCUUCCCAACUUCUCACUCCCAUGGUAUGCGCGUGCAUACUACUUCCGUUAA